UGAGAAGUUGUGCCUGUCGCCUGGUCUUUGGGGCAGCCUCUCACACAUCAUCUCUUUUGCCGCAGCAACUGGGAAACUAACUCACCUGCAACCUCUCCAAAAACCAAAAUAACCACAACGUUUUGCUAACUGAAAUGGACACACAGAAGAGACCGGGACACCACUCGCGCUGCCACACCUGCAGACGAACAGAUAUGAGCCGAAUGAAGAUGAAGAAGAUGUCCUCGUCCAGUCGCGCGCUGCUCUUGGCACUGGCCCUCGCACUCGUGGAAAUGGCCUCGGCAGAGACGCUGUGUGGGGGAGAGCUGGUGGAUGCGCUGCAGUUUGUCUGUGAAGACAGGGGCUUCUAUUUCAGUAGGCCAACCAGCAGGGGUAACAACCGGCGCAACCAGAACCGUGGGAUCGUAGAGGAGUGUUGUUUCCGUAGCUGUGACCUCAACCUGCUGGAGCAGUACUGUGCCAAACCCGCCAAGUCCGAAAGGGACGUGUCGGCCACCUCUCUGCAGGUCAUACCCAUGAUGCCCGCACUAAAACAGGAAGUCCCAAGGAAGCAGCAUGUGACCGUGAAGUAUUCCAAAUACGAGGUGUGGCAAAGGAAGGCGGCCCAGCGGCUCCGGAGGGGUGUCCCCGCCAUCCUGAGGGCCAGAAGGUUUCGGAGGCAGGAAGAGAAGAUCAAAGCCCAGGAGCAGGCGGUCUUCCACAGGCCCCUCAUCAGCCUGCCCAGCAAACUGCCUCCCGUCUUGCUCGCCACGGACGACUCUCUCAACCACAAAUGAGCCCAAUGCCAGCCCUUUGCACAGACAAGAGGGAGAGGAAAAAAAAGACUAGGGGAUUAUAGCUUUGUCUCUGGCGUCAUUUCUGUGGCAGUCCUCUUUGACCUCCCCUGCCCUGUCCGAGCCCACCGAUCCCCCUCCCCCGCCCCCCCCUACGCUCAUCCACUACUUCUUGACCCCGUGGCCCUUCUCUAAUGCCCCCACCACCCCCCACUCCCUACCCAUCCUCCUCAGGCACACAAACAUGCCUUCACAUUCUUCCUGUCCGAACUCUUUCGCUCCCUCUUCCCUUUCAGUCACCGACACAAAAGGCACGAAAACAAACGAUGAACAAAAAGUUAACAAUUCGGCUGAAUGCAAUUCAGGUAGAUCCUGACCCAAAAAAAAGAGAAAAGGGAAGGGAGGAAAAAGAAGAUGAAAGAGAUCUGUGCUUUGCAAGAGGACACCACGCGGAAUGUUUUUUGUCCUUGUGGAAGACAACUGAAAGUGAAGAGCAGCUUGCAUGAAAGAAUCCAUGCCACAUCAUUUUUCCUGAGGCAAAGAGAAGAUCUCUGUUAGUUAUUUUUCCUAUUAGUUUGCACCUCUACCUAUAAAGGGACUUCCACACUGUAAGGAAUUAUUUUGUAAAAUUAGAUUCCUGUUCCAGCACCUUUUGAUCACAAACAAAAAGCAGAAAAGAGUCUGCAAAAUUGCACAUUGCCACGGAUUACGUCAAAGUAAAGAAAAAAUGGCACUAUUUUUUUAUGAACAAUGAACGUGUAGCUUAAAAAAAUGUCAUGGUGCUAGCUUUGGGAAUGGACUCAAAGAAGAGGUUGAAAAGCACGUUUUUUUUCUUUGAAUUAAUAUUAAAACUUUCCGUUUUAAGGAAAGUGUGACUUUUGAAAAAAGGAAGAUAAAGGAUAUGGUGGAGCGCUUAGCAGUGGCAAUGUCAAGGGGGAAGUGUCACUGAGAGGAGACAUGGGCUGCGUCGGCAUCGAGGCUCACAGCUGAGUGUGAUACCAGCUGCUCGUCAAUAGCGACAAAGGGGGACCGGAGACCCAGUGCCUGUUCUUUCUGUCCCUGCCAGACACGGGGAGCAGUGUGAGGACACAUGUGGGACACAGUGGACUGCCUGGAUUGAGACAGCACUACAGUUCUGGGACAGUGCUUCCUGGUUGCCAUGGCUUUUCAGACUGCUCUGACAAGAAGUAACGUGGCAUUGGACAAAGACUCAGUGGGAUAAUGAUUCUAUUUUAUUUUGUCUUAUUUUCUGUUUUGUUUUCAUAUCAAUGUUUUAAUGAAAAAAAGGAAAAUCCUUUAGGUUUCUGGUACCGUAACAUUCCUGUUUUUUCCAAGUUAGGCUUUUACUUGGGUUUCCGUGGUUAUUGUUAUGAUGUUAUUUUACAGUUCUAAUAAAAGGCACGACAUUUUAA